GUUCACCAGUAUCCGUACAAUAUAGUCCUUCUUUAAGGACAUAUAUAUAUAACCUCGGACAAAAUGAAUCCAAAAUGUUCAAAAACAACCCUAGCCCUCUUCUUCGCAUUCACCAUCCUCCUCAUUGGCCACGCUGAAUCUAAUAGCCGUCCCCGCCCUAGAACACCACCUCCACCACGAACCCCAAGAACUCCAUCACCUCCUCCACCACGAACCCCAAAAACUCCACCACCUCCUCCACCACGAACCCCAAGAACUCCACCACCUCCUCCACCACGAACCCCAAGAACUCCACCACCUCCUCCACCAAGGACCCCAAGAACUCCACCAACAGCUCCUCCACGUACGCCACCAGUUUCUCCGCGGAUACCACCAAUUCUUCCUCCAAAGACUCCACCAACCGCUCCCCCACAAACACCACCGGUUUCUCCACCAAAGAGUCCCCCAAAUUCUCCUCCGCGUGCACCACCACUUUCUCCACCAAGAACUCCACCAACAUCUCCUCCGCGUGUACCACCACUAUCUCCUCCAAGAACUCCACCAACUUCUCCUCCACGUGCACCACCAAUUCCUCCUCCAAGAACUCCAUCGACUUCUCCUCCCCGUGCACCACCACUAUCCCCGCCAAGAACUCCACCAACUUCUCCUCCACGUGCACCACCGGUUCCUCCUCCUAAUACUCCACCGACUUCUCCUCCUCGUGCACCACCACUAUCCCCGCCAAGAACUCCACCAAAUUCUCCUCCAAGAACUCCACCAACUUCUCCUCCACGAGCACCACCAGUUCCUCCUCCAAGAAUUUCACCGACAGCUCCUCCACGUGCCCCACCACUAUCCCCGCCAAGAACUCCACCAACUUCUCCUCCACGUACACCACCGCUAUCUCCCCCUAUAACUCCACCAACUUCUCCUCCGCGUGCACCACCUCUAUCCCCGCCAAGAACUCCACCAACUUCUCCUCCGCGUGCACCACCAAUAUCUCCCCCAAGAACUCCACCGAGUUCUCCUCCUCGUGCACCACCAAUGCCCCCACCAAGAACUCCACCAACUUCUCCCCCGCUUUCACCUCUAUCUCCUCCGCCAAGAAGUCCACCAAUGCCUCCUACACGUACACCCCCUGUGUCCCCACCAACUUCUCCUUCACGGACACCACCAGUUACUCCUCCAAGGGCUCCACCAACCGCUCCCCCACAAACACCACCGGUAUCUCCGCCAAUAGUUCCCCCAAAUUCUCCUCCAAAGAGACCACCGAUGUCUCCUCCCAUAACUCCACCAACUUCUCCUCCACGUGCACCACCACAAUCACCGCCAAUAACUCCACCAAUUUCUCCCCCACGUGCACCACCAACGCCCCCAGGGACACCUUCAGUACCACCGCCGCCGAGGACUCCACCACCGCCUCCCCCGAGUGGUAGAUGCCCUAGGAAUGGUAUCCCACUACAAAUAUGUAGCACUAUCCUAAAUAUGUUCGAUGGUUUCCUAGGAUUAGGAACGGCGCAACCAUGUUGUUCUCUCAUUCGUGGUCUUUCUGAUGCUGACGCACUUGCCUGCCUUUGUGAAUCAGUGAGAGCACCAAGUCGCAGUCUUCCUCGUAAUAUCAUCAACCUCUUUAUGACUUGUGGUCGUAGCAUUCCCCCAGGCUUCACUUGCCCAUGACCACCUCCUUUCCCCACAAUAAACUAAAAAACCUACUUACUAUACACUUAACCGUGAUUUUCUUUUGUUUCUAAAUAUAUACUUUGUUCCAAUAAUGUAAUAAAAAAUAAAAUAAAGUUUGUACGGGAGUGUUGAUUGUCUUUAUUUUAGAUUUUGAAUCACGUUGGAGUUUACAAAUAUUACUGGAAAAAAAAGUAAUUGAAGAACU